CGAGGAAGACAGACUCGACGUGCAACGGCACAGUAGAAAACAUUGCUGUAAACGCGUCUGCGUUGCGCCAUGUUAUCGACCAGCAAUUUAUGAGUCAUCCCAGCGGUCUGACGCAUCUCGACAUUUGCACUGACAACUGCGCCAUCCCUAAGGUUAACAAGAAUUAGCCAGUCACGGUGCCAGCUCAACAUACUUUAAGCUCCAGAAUCCAUCGACUUUUCUGUCUUCUUCCGUUAAUCAUUCAGUGACAAUAGGAUUGGACCGACGUAGGAAUCAACUACCAACACUGGGACUCUUGGGGAAUUAUUAGUUACAGCCCCAACAUUUUUGACUCAAUCAAACACGUCUCUCGUCCAUUUUACCGAUGUCGGUAUAUGACUCGCACAACGCAUGUCGCACCACUGUCCACAUUCCUUGGAUGAAAACCACUGGCACAGAGGACACUGAUAAUAUUAGCGUCACCGAACGCAGUCACCCCACGUGUCCGCUCGCAGCCCUCGUUCUCCAUCUCGAAAGUCAUCUAAACAUACCUUUUCACGCCUCUUUCUUUUCAUUUGAAACUCGCAUUCUGCAUUGGUGGUGCCACGGAAUUGCUUCUCGAGGGGGUUCAUCCGGACUUGGUUGCUACGCAAGGACGCUGGAAGUCACGCGUUCCUCGACUAUUGGCCAAUUUUGCCCCUGUUCAUCUCCACAGCCAUUGAUUCUCCAAUUGCUAUCACUCGCUUACAAUCCGUCAUGCACGAUUUCCACACUCAUGCUUCAUCUCGCAUAUAAUCCCCACUCUUGCUCACUGGAUGUAUUAUGUACCUCUCUACUGUGAAUGUCAUACUUCAUUGUCU